AUGGUAUCUAGUCCUUCCAGAAAGUCCACACUGAAGAGCGUCGAUCCUGAGUCGCUAGGAACGACAAACCCAUAUGUCAAGUUAGUCAAGAGUCAGGAGAUUGUAGAGGUCCCAGAACUAGAAUUAGACUCUGGGGCGGUAAUACGCAAUUUUCCAAUUGCAUACCAAACUUGGGGUGAGCUCAACGAACGGGGCGAUAACGUGCUUAUCGUAUGUCAUGCUCUAACAGGAUCUUCAGACGUUGCAGAUUGGUGGGGUCCUCUGUUGGGUCCUGAUCUUGCGUUUGAUACCUCUAGAUAUCUUGUGGUUUGCUUGAACUCGAUGGGCUCUCCAUAUGGCUCUUUUUCCCCCCUGAAUGUGGAUCCGGAUACUGGAAACGUUUACGGGCCGGAGUUUCCACUCUGUACGGUUAGGGACGACGUUAGAGCGCAUAAAAUUGUUCUUGACUCCUUAGGUAUCAAUUCUGUCGCUUGUGUUGUUGGCGGAUCCAUGGGUGGGAUGCUAGCGUUAGAGUGGGCUGCCAUUUUUGGACCUGAGUAUGUGAAGAAUAUGGUCGCGCUAGCCACAAGUGCAAGGCAUUCGGCGUGGUGCAUUUCGUGGUCUGAGGCACAAAGGCAGUCCAUCUACUCCGACCCUAAUUAUCUAGAUGGCUUCUACGCCCAGGAUAAGCAGCCUGUUGUGGGUUUGGCUGCCGCACGGAUGUCGGCUCUUUUGACUUACCGGUCGAGAAAUAGUUUUGAGAACAAAUUCUCUAGGCGCUCACCUUCAGUACUCCACCAGCACAAAUCCAGACAGCAAAUACUAAAGAACAAGCCUUCUACUUUGCACGAGCACAACCUAGCAAUCCACAACGACGGACAUCGUCACUCUAACAAGGAUGAAAGGCGAGCCAGUGUUUCAAGCGACUCCUCAAGUGCGUCACUGAAGUCCGUCUCCUCCUCGACUUCCGUUGCCUCGGUCAGCUCAAAAACUGGAAAGAACAUAAAGCCUGCUCAGACCUACUUUUCCGCACAGAGUUAUUUACGUUAUCAAGGUCAAAAAUUUGUGGACAGAUUUGAUGCUAACUGCUAUAUUUCGAUUACCAGAAAGCUUGACACGCACGAUUUGGCCCGUGACCGUGCUGACCACGAGGAUAACCUCGAUCAAGUACUGAACUCACUCCAACAACCUACGCUUGUUAUUGGUAUCAAAUCAGACGGUCUCUUUACCUAUUCUGAACAGGAAUACUUGGCUGCCCAUAUACCAAACUCGGAACUGAAGAAGAUUGAGUCUUCAGAGGGACACGACGCUUUUUUACUGGAGUUCAAGCUGAUUAAUGAUUACAUCACCGCGUUUUUGAGACAAAACGCUCCUGAAUUGAGCAAUGCUCCGCCACGCCUUUGGCAAGAUGAAACUGAUCGCGAGAUUGUAAAGAACUCUUUGUUCGGGGAAGCUGAAGAAGUCACGAACUGGUGA